CUCGCGUACGUUCUCGCGUUUCGCUCGGUGAAAAAUGAUGCUCUGUGAAAGGGGGUCCCGGUGGCCCAGGAGGUGGUGUCCCAAGGCCAGUCGGCAGUUGCUUCUUGCCGGCCUUCUGCUAGUGCUGGUGGCUACGCUUGUGUCGCACGGAUUGGCAGCGGACACGGCGACGGGAUACUGUGAUCCGACGCUGUGCUACUCGAACCACACGCACAUCGCCUGCCGGAAUGGAACGGAGGCACCGGAGACGUUCGGGGAGCUUUGUCCCACCACCACGGUCCAGCUGGUGACGAUGGAUGCCAGCCUGAAGGAGCGCAUCCUGAAGCUGCAUAACGGAUUACGCGCUGAGUUGGCCAGCGGCAAAAUGGAAGGAUUUGCGCCCGCGGAACGGAUGCCCGUUUUGGAGUGGGACGAUGAGCUGGCGAAGCUGGCCGAGUAUAACGCCCGCACCUGUCUCUACUCACGGGACGAGUGUCGCAACACUCGCCGCUAUCGGAACGUUGGCCAGAACAUUGCCCGGAAGUCGAGGCCCGGCAACGUCACCAUCGAUCUCGAGCGCACCAUUUCCGAUCUGACCAACAAGUGGUGGCAGGAGUACGUCGAUACCAAUCAGACCGUCAUGGAUGACUACCGGCAGGUCGGCGAAGGCGUCCACGUUCUGCACUUUGCCCUGAUGGCCAACGAUCGCGUCACGAAGGUCGGCUGCGGGGCGACGCGCUACUACAACGAGCUCAACAAGCGCUCGUACGUGUACUACGUAUGCAAUUACUCGCACAACAACGUGCUCGGCCAGCCCGUCUACCGGAAGGGCGUCAAGUGUGCCAAGUGCAGUCCACCGAACGUGUGCGGCCCGACGGACGAUGGACUGUGCGUCGGUAUUGGCGAUACGAUCGAUAAGGAGCUGUAGUUGACGUUACCGCGCGUAAACCGCGUCAUUCAACUGCAGCGUGCAGCAUAUUCAGCUAGCUUAAUAAAAACCAGACGAAGUGACACUAUUUAUUCCAACACCCCCCCCCCCACUCUCCCUCUCCACCCCUUAUCCACUAUCGAUGUCAUGUAGGAGCUGCUGCAUGGUUGUAUUUGCAUUGUCGUUUUUUUUCUUUCGCAGUGCGAACUGCGUUGAUGCUACUACUUUCCCCUCCGAAAAGCCCAAAACAAAACCAAAUCCAACCACCAAACCCACCGCGGGGAGGUUAAACACCAAACCGCAAAAGAAAAGUGUCCAAAUCACACUUCGGGAAGCACACAGUACCUGCCAAUCCCCCUGGAAUCGUCGAGGAUUCUCGCCUUCUGCGUUUGACAGUUGACUUUUGCGGGCUCGCGGCCACGGCAUGCGGCCGCUACACGCACCGGAAAUCGGGGAAAUCUGUGUACAAUGUUUAUCUGGGGUAUACAGGACCUGUUUAAAUGUUGAAUAAUUCCGCCAUUUUUCAACCGAUUUUGAAAAAUGAACCAGUUUUGUUUAGGUUAUACAAUACCUUUUGUUGACAGUUCACUCAGAAUAUGAACAAAUAUCAAAUGACCACCUCGAUUCGACACACAAAUAGUGGCCCCUAAUAGUGGUUUUGGACAUUGCGCAUAUUUGUCUUCAGUUCCUGAAUAGUUUUUUGGUUUGUUAAUCCCAAAUCGCUGAAAAAUUACGAAGUUAUUCAACAAUUAAAUAUAGAUCCUGUCUGGAUGA